AUGCAUGGAGCCCAGAGUUCCCGGCUGCGGCUGCUGCUGCUGCUGGCUGUGUUCUGGCGGGCCCAGGGCCGCAAUCAGGAGGAACGGCUGCUCGCUGACCUGAUGCGCGACUAUGACCCCCUCCUGCGGCCAGCCGAGCGCGACUCCGACGUGGUCAACGUCAGCCUGAAGCUCACCCUCACCAACCUCAUCUCCCUGAAUGAGCGAGAGGAGGCCCUCACCACCAACGUCUGGAUAGAGAUGCAGUGGUGUGACUAUCGCCUCCGCUGGGACCCUCAAGACUACGAAGGCCUGUGGGUGCUGAGGGUGCCAUCCACCAUGGUGUGGCGCCCAGACAUUGUGCUGGAGAACAACGUGGACGGUGUCUUCGAAGUGGCCCUCUACUGCAAUCUGCUCGUGUCCCCGGAUGGCUGUAUCUACUGGCUGCCACCUGCCAUCUUCCGUUCGUCCUGCUCUGUCUCUGUCACCUACUUCCCCUUCGACUGGCAGAACUGCUCCCUCGUUUUCCAAUCCCAGACCUACAGCACCAGUGAAAUUAACCUGCAGCUGAGUCAGGAGGACGGGCAGACCAUCGAGUGGAUUUUCAUCGACCCCGAGGCCUUCACAGAAAACGGGGAGUGGGCCAUCCAGCACCGGCCAGCCAAGAUGCUGCUGGACGCAGAGGCUCCGGCGGAGGAAGGGGGCCACCAGAAGGUGGUCUUCUACCUUCUCAUCCAGCGCAAGCCCCUCUUCUACGUCAUCAACAUCAUCGCCCCCUGCGUGCUCAUCUCCUCCGUCGCCAUCCUCAUCUACUUCCUUCCUGCCAAGGCUGGUGGCCAGAAGUGUACAGUAGCCACCAACGUGCUCCUGGCCCAGACUGUCUUCCUCUUCCUCGUGGCCAAGAAGGUGCCUGAGACCUCCCAGGCUGUGCCUCUCAUCAGCAAGUACCUGACCUUCCUGAUGGUGGUGACCAUCCUGAUCGUCGUGAAUGCUGUGGUCGUGCUCAACGUGUCCCUGCGGUCCCCCCACACACACUCCAUGGCCCGAGGGGUCCGCAAGGUGUUCCUGCGGCUCCUGCCACAGCUGCUGCGCAUGCCCAUCCGUCCACUGGCCCCAGCAGCUGUCCAGGACAUCCGGCCCCAGCUCCAGAAUGGCUUCUCCUCGGGCUGGGCCGUGCCGAAUGGGGAGGAGGGGGGCCUCUGCCUGCCCCGCAGUGAACUCCUCUUCCGGCAGCGGCGGCGGCGCGACGGCCUGGUGCGAGCAGCUCUGGAGAAGCUGGAGAGAGGCCCAGAGACUGGGCAGAGCCAGUUCUGUGGCAGCCUGAAACAAGCUGCCCCCGCCAUCCAGGCCUGUGUGGACGCCUGCAACCUCAUGGCCCGCGCCCAGCACCAGCAAAAUCACUUUGAUAGCGGAAAUGAGGAGUGGUUCCUAGUGGGCCGUGUGCUGGACCGGGUCUGCUUUCUGGCCAUGCUCUCACUCUUCAUCUGUGGUACUGCCGGCAUCUUCCUGAUGGCCCACUACAACCGGGUGCCCGCCCUGCCAUUCCCUGGAGACCCCCGCCCCUACCUGCCCUCACCAAACGGAGCCAGUUAAGUGCUGCUGGACACAGAGGACAGAUCUGUGUGCUGUGCUCUUCGGCUUCUGAGUCCGCCGUGGGCUGUUUGGGAAGUACCCACCUGAGAAGACCUGGGGGAAAUAAAACAUGGAGUCGGAAUCCUGCAGUGCUUGGGGCUGGGCCGGGGUCAGGGAGUGGGGCUGGGGUCACUGUCCAUGUGGCCUUGACUGGCUCAUCUUGGCACUUACCACACUUCCACAUAACACCCCUCACUUCAGCCAGGCAUUACUGACCUCCAAGUCAUUUAAAAGCCCCAAGUAGUAUGUUUUGCACAAGGCUCCUAGCUGGGCAAGGUCCUGUUCCUCCAGGUCUGGACACAUCUUCCCUUUUAUGAGUUCCUCUGGGAAGGAGGGCAGUCCAGACAGGUUUGAAAGCGCUCUCUCCAAUGAAAGGCAGGAGUUUGGGAACAGUGGCUCCCUCCUGUAAUCCCAGCUACCCGGGAAG